AUGGCCGAAAGUUGUUUUUUGGAUCAAAGUUUUGAUGACUUGAAUGUUGAUGUCGACUUCUCAAGCAUUGACACGUCACUUGUCAUGUCCUUACUUGAGGACUCGGCGCAAGUGGAGUAUGGAGAUGGUGAAAUGUUGAGGAUCACGGUUAAGUCCCUUGGACAAGAGAUUGCAAAUCAUGGUUCGUGUUUAGAAAUGUAUAAAUCGGAUGAAUAUUAUAAUGAGGAUUAUCAAAUUUUCAAUGUAGAACAACCGGAAAGUUGUUCAUCGACAUUUGAUCACAAUCUUGAUGAUUUUGAUUGGAUUGGGGCGGAGAUGGAUUAUUCGUCUACAGGCUAUUUUAUCGCAAAUUUUGCAGACAAGAUGGAAAAUAUGAUUGAGUUUGUAGCUUUGGAGGAUUACUCACACUUUUGUUAUGAGAUUCCUAUGGAGGAGGAUGGAUAUGCUACUUCAUUAUGGCAAUAG